CACACACCAACAAUGCGAAUUUGAGCUUAACAAUCAGUCGGACUUGUGGGCCUAGACUAAGCCUUCCAACAGGGCUAGCACCGUGGGCCCCCUCUGCUUGUGGCUAGCACUUUACACGGUUGCUAAGGUGCUGAUAUUGAUGCUCCUUGUGUUGGGCCUGUAUUUCUUGAGAGAACGGUCUUCUUCACCUCUUUCUUUAAGAAGAUCAAAGCCCAGGAGGAGGCCAAAGACAUACAGGUUGAUUUAGUCUAUGCCCAUAUGCUACAGAGGUCUCUCGGUGACACACUCAACCUUCUUGAUGACAUUUGGUUGAAGGAUAUGGAUAAAGCCUCUGCCAGGAGUCUCAAUGGUUACAGAGCAACAGAGGAAAUCCUCCGUCUUGUGCCGAACGUCUCAACCUUCAGGCUCGCUCUGAUAGCCAUCAAGCUGUGGGCCAAAAUUUUCCCUUCAGGACGCAACAUUUACUCUAGCAAGCUGGGCUUCUUGAGCGGGGUAUCCUGGGACAUUCUAGUCGCCAGAAUUUGCCAGUUUAAUCCAAACGUGACAGCAUCCCGCCUGGGAUUGGCCUAUCCCUAUUCGUCUGAGGGUAGUGCCGGUGAUCAGUACCACUUGAUGCUGAUCAUCACGCCGGCAUACCCCCAACAGAACUCAGCAUUCAAUGUGUCUCUCUCCUCGCUGACCAUCCUGAUCGAGGAGAUCAAUCGAGGAAUCCUCUGUUACAUCCAGAACCAGCAAAGCCACUCGAGCCUCCACAGCUGCACAGGCCACAAAGAGACCUCGUUCUCCCUCACCUGA